GUAGGUUAUACCUGUUUGCUGUGUACUUUAAACGGAUGUGGCUUUUUGCGUCAGUGGAAAUUCCCGCACGACUGCAUCUGCAUAAAGCCAUAAUGCAGUCUGCGUCCGUGGAUUUGCCACGCACUUUCAUAUAUAUGAAGACAUAUCUGGUGUUUUGAAGUCGCGUCUGAUCAGAUGUCCCGCGUGUGUCUGCGUUUCUCGCCCGCAGAUGACUGUGAGCACGCGUUAAAGCGCUCCAGCAGAUUGUGCAUGCGCCUGCUUUCUGUUCGUUACGGCGCAAAGUUUCCCUUCGCUUUCAUUUUAUCAACACUCAUGAUGAGCGCAACACAAUGUGGACCAACGAGUCUUGCGAAACUACGGGCGGAUUCUAAACCAAGAGAAGCCUUUUAUAACCGAGCGGACUGAACGCAGAGUGAAUCCGGAGCGCCGCAGAAGAGCGUCCCGACUCGCGCUGCGGGUUGUUUAUCGCGAGCUGAAAGAGCACGGUUUAAAGUCCACACGAUUAUGUGAGUUGCAUCAUGGCUCUCUCAGGUCUCACUAUGGACGGCUGUGGAUCCCAGCAGGAGGUUGAGGAUGAGUUCACCUGUGCAGGUGUGUUGAGGGGGGCGCUGGUGACACUGCAGCCCACUGUCGAGCGAAUCUUUGGGGUGAAGCUGAGAAUCGGAGGAGAGGACGCUCUGUCUGCGCAGAGCGGACAGAUUUGGCUGCAGAUGCUGGGGACUGGAAAAGAAGUGCAGGCAGCGAAGCUUUUAGUGAAAGGUGUGGUCAAUCAGGAAGCUCAGCAAGAGAUCCAGUUUCCUGAAGUGCUGCACUGUGUCUUCUGUGGUGCUAAAGGGCUGUUUAUGGAUUGCCUGAUUAAAAAUACCUCCGCUCAUAUAGUGGUGGGAUCCCAAGGCAUCGUCCUCAUAACCGGGCUGGCGGAACCUGUAGUGAAAGCCUAUUCCUUUAUUACAGACUUGGUGGAGAAGUACAAGAGCAGCCAGGGACGGCGUACUGAGGCUGGACUCGAAUCCUUGGAGUCGCGUCGGGCCUUCAAAGCCAUCGUGGAGAGUCUGGAGGACCGUCACACCCUAGACCUGCUAGUGUUACCUGUGCUGGUGAAAGAGGUUCUGCUGAAUUUGGUGAAGCAGUCCGGAUUGGACUCGUAUGCAAAGCGGGAGCGGGAAGGUCUGAUCCCAUUCGAAGGCAAUGGAUCAUGGGCGAUGCAGAGAACUGUUGAUGAAAUUGAUUUUGGAGGCUCUGAAGGACAUCUGAGAUCGAAUUAUAAUGCAGAGAACUCGCCUUCCCAGCAGCCAGGUCUUUUUCCACAAUCUGCCCAUCACAGAAUUAACGGCACAGAUGAUUUCGACAGCAAAUCCUACAAUCCUUUUUCCCAAGGUUUGACCCUUUACCCAACACACUUUGAGUCACCAGAACGAGGUUCGCCACAAGAAACUAAAUCUGAGACGCCAUCGCAGGACGCUGUUCUGUUGUCCGCGAGGAGCAGAGAGGAUUUCGACCACCUUCUCAUGUUCUUCACCACAAUGGGAUUUGCCGAGGAUGUGGUGCAAGCUGUUCUAACCAGAACCGGCCCCAAAGAAGCCUCGCAGCUUCUGGAUUUGAUCCAGCAGGAGCAGGACAAAACUGGCCAGCGAAACCGCCACAGCAAGUCCCAGAAUGUGAUGGGAAUUGGUGGAGAAAUGCAUGAGGCACUUCAGAUACUCGAAGCCAGUAAAGGAGAACCCAACGCUAAAGAGGAAGACUUUGUCUUGGACGUGUUAAAGAAGGCCGCGGCCACUUGUGGCUACACCGAGGAGACAGUAAUGGAAGUGUGCAGCAAUCUACCCGAGCUCAAGCCACACGAGCUGCUCAUGCAGCUGCAGAAACAAGGAGAGGUGAACAGGACGAGAGGUGGCAGUAAAAAAGCUGAUUGGAAGAUCGGUCCAAAUUCAGAUGCAGAUCUCGACACUGGGCGUGGAAAGGCUGGAGCAGAGAUCCACACAUCCAAACCAGUGAACAUUAAUGGCAGGCCUUCAUCGGUGAGAGGCCCACCGCAGACGACAUAUUCCUUUGAAACCUUGGAAUCCGAAGUACAACCAAUGGAUUCAAACGUCCAAUCACCUCCACGGACUAUCCAUCAGAACCUGGAUUUGAGUUCCCCAAAUAUCUCCAACAAGUCCAUUGCACACAAACCUCAAAAUGACAGAUCAGGUGCAGCAUCUGUGGUCACAGGAUCUCAGCGGUUCCUCGAGAGCCUCAAGACGCCUUUCACACUGCAGCUGUCGGACGAGCCUGGUGACCCCAUGCUGCGUCAGAUCAUCAUCGAUGGGAGCAAUGUUGCAAUGAGUCACGGUUUGGGGGUGUUUUUCUCCUGUCGAGGCAUCGCUCUGGCCGUACAGCAGUUUUGGGCGAGAGGUCAUCGUGAAAUCACUGUGUUCGUCCCUCAGUGGAGACAGAAGAACAACUCAAAGGUUAAAGAAAAGCAAUACAUGAAUGAACUCCAUGAGAAGGGCUUUCUAAAAUACACUCCAUCCAGAGAGGUCGAGGGCAAGAGAAUCAACUCAUAUGAUGACCGAUUCAUGCUGGAUCUGGCGCAGAAGACGAAAGGAGUGAUUGUGACUAAUGACAACCUGAGAGAUCUGGUGGAUGAGUCGCCUGUGUGGAGAGACAUCAUAAAGAAAAGUUUGCUUCAGUACGUGUUUGCCGACCAUCUCUUCAUGUUACCUGACGAUCCUUUGGGCCGCGGUGGUCCUCAUCUGAGAGACUUCCUACAUAAACACAACAGUAGUUUACCUGUUCCAGGCAGUCACUCAUACGCAGGUGCAUCUGCAUCCUUUCCUCACUUGCCUGCGGCGGCGCACGCUCACACCGAAGUGCUGCGCUACCGAGACUGGACACCGGGAGGUCCCAGCAGAGGUCAGGGGUCAGGCAGAGGUCAGGGGGAUGAGGGUGAGGGCUGUCAGGAGGUCAGGGAGAGGACGGUGGAGGAGACGCUGAAGCUGCAGCAGAGUUUAGUGCAGAUCUUUCCUGCCCAGGAGAGCGUGAUUAUCAUGAUCCUGCAGUGUCACCCGAGGAUCAGAGACGUCAGCCGACUCGCAGACCUCAUCGUGGAGCAACAGGAAUAAACACAGACGAGCAGAGGAAGACUACGACAGGCAGUGUCUGGUUUUGAAUUGUGAUCGGAUGUACUGAGCAAUACAAAAGAAUAUUCCUAACAAAAUAAGUCUGUACGAUUCCAGAGCUAUUUGGAAUUUCCCAUCUGUCUUCUAAUGUGCUUUAAAUUUUAAACAUAAUUUAUAAUUUACAUAAGUUAUAUUCAACAAGUGUGACUGAUGAAUACAACUUUGUAACAUUUUUAAACUACAACUGUGCUUUAGAAUGUGCUUUUAGGAGUUUUUAAUCUGAAAUGUUAACUCUUGAUACUAUUUAUCUUCACAUGCUCCUUUCUUAACGUAAGGAUAAUGAAGAGACGAUGAGUGUUAGAGACCAAAUCAAGCAUAGAAUAUGUCUUAAAGAGUAAAUUUUUCUUGUUUUCAUGUUUUUCUUUCAGGGACGAUGGAUGUUGCUUUACUCUGGCAUGUUUACAUUUUGUAUUUUUAUACAGAUGUUCAUUAAAGUGCUCUGUCCCUAUUAAACAGCAAGUUUUCUGCAAUGUUAUGUUUAAAUGUGCAAAUAAACUGGAUAAAGUCAGGUUCAAAAUUCUUGUUUGAUUUUGUUGACAUGUUAGAUUAAAAGGUUUUUAUAGA